UUGGCCGGAGUGCAGUGGCGCUCUGGCACGCUUGCGCGGCGAGUAGAACGUGUAGCGGCGGCGGCGAUCGCGUCUCUUUCGCUGGCAGUCCUGCUGCUGCUCCUGUGAGCGACCGGGGCGUCCGUCCCGUGCAUCGCCCACAGCCGGUCGCCCGCCUGCUCCUCUCCGCGGCGGCCUCUCACCAACACCGACACCCACACUGACACCUCCAAGCCGGCCCACCGUCUUACUCGCUGGUUUUCCAUCGCUACACAUGGCCUCCUCCGCGCAGAGCGGCGGCUCCUCCGGGGGACCCGCGGUCCCCACCGUGCAGCGGGGCAUCGUCAAGAUGGUCCUCUCAGGGUGUGCCAUCAUUGUCCGCGGGCAGCCUCGUGGUGGGCCUCCUCCAGAGAGGCAGAUCAACCUUAGCAACAUUCGCGCUGGAAACCUUGCCCGCAGGGCAGCUGCCACACAACCUGAUGCAAAAGACACCCCGGAUGAGCCCUGGGCAUUUCCUGCUCGAGAGUUCCUUCGGAAGAAGCUGAUUGGGAAGGAAGUCUGCUUCACGAUAGAAAACAAGACUCCCCAGGGGCGAGAGUAUGGCAUGAUCUACCUUGGAAAAGAUACCAAUGGGGAAAACAUUGCAGAAUCUCUGGUUGCAGAGGGAUUGGCCACCCGGAGAGAAGGCAUGAGAGCGAACAAUGCUGAGCAGAACCGGCUUUGGGAAUGUGAGGAGCAAGCAAAAGCAGCUAAGAAAGGAAUGUGGAGUGAGGGGAACGGUUCACAUACUCUCCGGGACCUCAAGUAUACCAUUGAGAACCCAAGGCACUUUGUGGACUCACAUCACCAGAAGCCUGUUAAUGCUAUCAUCGAGCACGUGCGGGACGGCAGUGUGGUCAGGGCCCUGCUCCUGCCCGACUACUACCUGGUCACGGUCAUGCUGUCAGGGAUCAAGUGCCCAACUUUUCGACGGGAAGCAGAUGGCAGCGAAACACCAGAACCUUUUGCCGCAGAAGCCAAAUUUUUCACCGAGUCUCGACUGCUUCAGAGAGAUGUCCAGAUCAUUCUGGAGAGCUGCCACAACCAGAACAUUCUGGGUACCAUCCUUCAUCCAAAUGGCAACAUCACAGAGCUCCUCCUGAAGGAAGGUUUUGCCCGCUGUGUGGAUUGGUCGAUUGCAGUUUACACACGGGGUGCAGAAAAGCUGAGGGCGGCUGAGAGGUUUGCCAAGGAGCGCAGGCUGAGAAUAUGGAGAGACUAUGUGGCUCCCACUGCUAAUUUGGACCAAAAGGACAAGCAGUUUGUUGCCAAGGUGAUGCAGGUGCUGAAUGCUGAUGCCAUUGUUGUGAAGCUGAACUCUGGGGACUACAAGACCAUCCACUUGUCCAGCAUCCGACCACCGAGGCUGGAGGGGGAGAGUACACAGGAUAAGAACAAGAAACUGCGUCCCCUCUAUGACAUUCCCUAUAUGUUUGAAGCCCGGGAAUUUCUGCGGAAGAAGCUUAUUGGGAAAAAGGUCAACGUGACUGUGGACUACAUUAGACCAGCCAGCCCAGCCACAGAGACGGUGCCUGCCUUUUCAGAGCGUACCUGUGCCACUGUCACCAUUGGAGGAAUAAACAUUGCCGAGGCCCUUGUCAGCAAAGGUCUGGCCACGGUGAUCAGAUACCGGCAGGACGACGAUCAGCGGUCCUCUCACUAUGAUGAACUGCUCGCCGCCGAGGCCAGGGCUAUUAAGAAUGGCAAAGGAUUGCAUAGCAAGAAGGAAGUGCCUAUCCACCGUGUCGCAGACAUAUCUGGGGACACCCAAAAAGCAAAGCAGUUUCUGCCCUUCCUUCAGCGGGCAGGUCGUUCUGAAGCCGUGGUGGAGUAUGUGUUCAGUGGGUCUCGUCUCAAGCUGUAUUUGCCAAAGGAAACUUGCCUUAUCACCUUCUUGCUCGCAGUAUCCAGAGCACGUGCGCCCGCUCUCCGACCUCUGCCUGCUCCACUGAGAAAGAGGUGUGCGGGGCUUCCCGCACAGGAGCAGCAGUCGCCUCUCCCGCCUCCCCCCAGCCUCUGCCGAGCGCGCGGACGCGGCGAUUCGGAGGCAUCGGGCACCAGUACCAGACCAGAACCGGUGACUUCUCAGCCAUCUGGGUUCUCUGCACGCACAGGAAAUAAGACCAGAGGUGGAGAUAAAAGUAGAAAUAGAUCUGCUCUCCUAGCUGCUGCCCAUUCGUCUUCUGGAGCCAGCUGGGUCGGAAGAGAAGGGCCAACGGUGCCUUUGCUCCUGUGGCUUUCCCCUUUCCCAGUUCCACGUGACAGGAUCUGGGCCAGUAUCACAGUUGUUGGCACAGACGCCCUGUUUUCCUCCACUUCCUAGAAUGGAUCCUCAUUAUUGAUUCACACUACAUGAUGGUGAGUUCUGGAUUCAGACAUGCUCAUUUUGAGCUGCUUGAACAGCAAGCUGAAACAUGAAACUAGAAGAAACCUUAGGAUGAUAGCAAAACAAAUAAAAAUUAAAUUCUUUGAUUGUUUGCCACUGUACCAAACACGUGCAAAGAGCACUCCUUUUCAAGAAAGAAAGACCUAAAACCAACACAACCAAAAUUUAAAUACUACUUUGCCAUGUGAAAUUGUCUAAUCAGCCUCAUUUUCGUCUAUUGACAUCAUCAUCUUCUGUUUGUUCUGAUGCUUCAUUUUUAGUAUCUCUAUGGGCUUAUGAAAGCAGAAAGAUUGCCUGGGUUGGAACAAGCUUCUCUACCAUUUCCUAUGUGUCCGUUCUCAACCAAAAUAAAUCAGCGCAAAUACCAGUGUCUGCUCCU